AUCGAUGAGUUUUUUUUUGAUUAUUUCUUUUUUAUAUAAAAAAAAUAUUAUCAGUGUAAAACAAAACAAGAAUAUCAUUUUUUUCUUCAUAAAUCUUAUCAUCUUUUGGAAAUAGAAUAAAAAAAAAUUUCAAAAUAAUGGAACAUUUUGUCAAUAAUAAUUCGAAUGUAACACAGAAAACAACGACAACAACAACAUCGUGUCGACCAUUUGAUAAAUAUUCAUUCUUUUUGGAUCCAAAAAAUUCUACACAAAUAAAUGCAACAUUAUCUGAAAAAAUUAUACAACUCGGCGGAAAAAUUGAUAUUUUUAUCAAUAAAAAUACCAGCAUUGUUGUAACAAGUCGGCCAAAAACCGUAAGAACAACGAUAACUGGAAUCGAUCAACAAUCACCAACACCAAAAUUGGCUCUGAAUUCGAAUAAUGCAUUUGUAAGUGUAUCAAGAGGAAAAUUAUUAUUGGAAAAGACAACAACAUCAGCAUUUUCUCAAGCAUCGGACCCACUAGAAUUGGCUCGUACAUUUAAUAUUCGAAUAAUAAGAUCAAGCAAACUAUUACAAUUCUGUGAAGAUCAUAUUGAAAAUGUUCGUAAAUUGAAACAUUCCACUGCCAGCCAACUGAAUACAACGCGUAAAUUAUGUCCACCUUUCAUUAAGAUCAUCGAUAAUUCAAACAAAUAUAGACCUAAUUUUAAAGAAUUAAAUGAAUGGCCAGAGAUGAAUUUCGAAUAUCAACCAGAAUCAUGUCCAUUUUUCAAAGCAAAACCAUUGGUCAAUAUUAGUCAACAGCCACAUCCUAAUCAAUCACAGCAAUCAAACAAAUCAACCGUACCGACCAUAUAUAAACAAUUGAAUGAAAAAUGUACCAUGUUAACAACACCGAUAUUGACUGGAACGAAUACAAACACACCAAACAUUAUGAAUGGCAAAUCCAUUACAACGAAUACCAUUACGAACAAUAAAGCUGUAGAUAAUAGAAAGAAGAAAAAUGUCACUUAUUGUGAAAUUUGUCAUAAAGACUAUACGGAUUUUGAAUCUCAUCUAAAUUACCAAAAACAUGCAGAAUUUUUGAACAAUAGUGAAAAUUUCAACGAAUUGAUUGGCGUUAUAAAUUCAUUGCCACCAUUUGCAAAAGAAUCAUGGAUUAAGAAUCGAACAACAAUCGUAAACGAUUCGGAUACCAGUUUGACUGAUUUGACAAACAAACAGACAUCGGUCAACAAUUCAAUUGCUGUGGAUGAAAUCCCAAAAGCAAAAACACCAUCACCAUCAAUAACAACAUUACAUUCGAUAAAUGCAGCAACAUGGAGUUCUGCUUCGAAAAAUCGCAGUUUUGUGGCUAUACAUGAUCUGCUUAAUCGACAACCUAAUGAAAAUGAAAAUGUCACUCAUAGCGAUAACAUUGUUAAUCAAAAUGAUGAAAUAUAGAUGGAAAAAUGUGUUUGGUCGUAAAUCCCGAAAAACAUUUAUAUUUAAUUAAUUUCGUUUGUUAUGAAAAAAAAUAAUUCGUUGUUUAUUUUUAAUUUCAUAAAUUGAUUUCAUCUUAUUAGUACUAAAAUUUAUGAGGAUAAAUUGAAAUUGAUUCAUAAAAGAAAGCUUUCAUCCAUUGUUAUUUUAUUCCAGAAUCUUUUGCUCAUCUUUUGUUUGGUCUUUCGAUGCCUGUUCGACGGUUCGUUUACGUA